ACACAGUACACACACUGUGCGACACUCAGACACAACAAAGUAGAUCAAGAAAAGAGGAGCAUCCAUCCAUCUUCAACUCAAUCCAUCUCACAAUACCUGUUUCAAUGAUGUGGGCAAGGCUUGUUUUUUACCUCAUUCUACCUGUUGUGCAGUCAUGCACUAAAGGUAAACCGAGUGAAUGCGCAGAAGCAAACUUUGCUCCCGGGUCUAACCUGGCUGGCGAGGGAUACGAUGUGACAAAGAUGCAGCGCAAAGGAGCCUUCAUCAUUAACACUGAAAUCUGGAGGCAAAAGGACAAAUCAUGCACCAUUUGCAAGAAUCCCUACAUGGAUGGGGAAAUGCAAAAGCUUCCAAUAUCAGUGGUGGACUGGAGACCCAGUCAAAAGUGCAGCAUGAAAAUAUCAAGUUCCCUCUACCAGUCUAGUGAGGAACUGGUCAGCUCGAGCAUGUCAUCUGUUGAGAACAACUGGGGUUUAAACUUGGGGAUAGAUGUUCGGCAAAAUCAAGGUUCGUUGAUUAUGGCUGGAACUAACUCCAAGCUUGCGGAGUACUCAAUGGAAAAGACCAAAAAAGACAAGUUCAAUUUCGCCAGUCAGAGUAUUUCUUGUGCUUUUUACAGUUACAGGGUCUCUCACAAGCCUAUUCUCCAUCCUGAGUUUAAGCACUCUAUGAAGGAGCUUCCCAAGGAAUACAAUCUUGAUUUCAAACAGCGCUUCUAUAAGUUCAUUAACACCUAUGGAACCCAUUAUAUCACUAAGGUUACUCUUGGUGGAAGUGUACACUCUGUGACCAGUAUCAAACAGUGUGAGACCGCUCUACAGGGUUUAAGCGGGGAUGAGGUGAGGAUAUGCUUGGAUGUGGAGGCAAAUGCCAAUGUUCUUGGCAAAGCUGAAAUGAAAGCAGAAACUAAGCACUGUAAUGAAGACAAGAGCAAAACAGAGAGCAAGAGCAGUUUCUCCAGCCGCUUCAGUGACAGGUUGACAGAGGUCACUGGUGGUCACACUACAGAGCCUGAGCUUCUUUUCUCCGGAAGUAAAGACCCAUCAGCCUACAAAGAAUGGCUCAAUUCUCUGCCGCGGAACCCAGAUGUGAUUUCUUAUUCUCUGGAGUCUCUGCAUGAGUUGAUCCCCACCAAAAAUCCAGUGCGCAAGCACUUACGCAAAGCCAUUUAUGACUAUAUUCUGGAAAAGUCACUCUGGAGGAACUGCUCUGAACCUUGCAAGACCGGCGUUAAAACCAACCCAAAAGACCCUUGUGUCUGCAUUUGUCACAACAAUCCAGGCAUUACACCAGACUGCUGCCCAUCUAAGCGUGGACUUGCUCGGGUCAGGGUCACAAUUGUGAGGGCAGAAGGCCUGUGGGGUGACCACACCUCAGCAACCGAUGCAUAUGUUAAAGUGUUUGACAAAAACAAUCAGCAGGUCGGACGCACCAACAUGAUCAUGAACAACAACUCACCCCACUGGACAAGAACUUUUGAUCUGGGUGAUAUUGUGCUGGCUGAAAAUGACAAACUAAGACUGGAGGUGUGGGAUGAAGAUAAUAAAUGGGAUGAUGACUUGCUUGGAAGCUGUGAAGUACAAAUCAAAGCAGGUCAGAUUGAGAAUUUAUGCAGUUUGAAUCAUGGUGUGCUGUUCUACAAAACGGAAGUGACAUGCGGCCCAAGUUUGUCUGGCCCCUAUUGUGCAAAGUAUGUGGGUUCCCCCAUGAACUUUCACCUGGAGAAGGUGUAUGUGUCACGAAAUGCCCGGCCUGUGCCAGCAGAGAUGCUAUUGAACAAGGGAGUGCUUUUAGAUAAAUUGUACAUAUAUCAGAAGACAGAUUACAGUCCUAAAACUAUUUUGCAGUAAGUAGAGUUUUGGUGAAGUCUGGGUGCUUUGGUUAGGAAAUGAGAAUGCGAUCAGCAUUAUGUUGGAUUCACGAAUCAUUCUUAAAGGUGCACUCAGUUUUUACUCAAGUCAUGUUCAGACUUGGAUGAAUGGAUGAAGCAUCAUUCAAACGCAAAAGUUUUCAGUUAAAGAUGCUGUUGUAGAAAUUCACUAAUCACAGACUGCCAUGAUUAAUUUAAUAAAUGAGCUAAAGUGUCCAAUAACAGUGGUUAAUGAGAAUAAGCAAGUAGUAUUCACCUGGUCAUGUGAUACCAACAUGGCCGCCCCCAUGAGGGGACCCACUCCAUGUAGAAGAAAACAGCUUUUAUAAGGUUAUUGAUAUGACUGGAGUCUUCAACUCAUGUGAGUCAUCACGAUUAAAUAUGUAUGUUCAAAAUUGCAAUUACAUUUUUAUAAGUAAAAUCGUAUUAAUGAGGAAAACAAUUUUGGAGUGCACCUUUAAAAAUAAAACUCUUCUUAACUGUUAUUUUCUUUUUUUCUCUCUUAAGAAAUUUUUUUACAAUAUUUGCACUUACACCCUGUCUACAGAGGAUGCGCAGCGCGUCAACAGCAAUAGAACCCCAUUAUAAUCAAUGAUGCUGUCCACAAUGGAAGUCCGUUUAAUGUCCAUUGCCGCGACAUUAAACGGGUGUCGCGUUCCAUUUUACGCUACACGCACUGGCGCUACUACACAAAUUCAAUGGUUUAGAACGUUCGUGAAGACGCGUCCAGUGUAGACAGCCUCAAGGCGUUGCAUCACGUCGCGUCGUGUCAACGGACGCGCUUGGUGUAUAGACAGGGUGUUAGUAAGAAUGUUCUAGGUUCUGUAUGACAGCCUGUCUACACCGGGCGCGUCCACGCAACGCAACGGCUUGAGGCUGUCUGCACUGGAGGCAUCAACAUGAAAGUUCUAAAUCGUUUAAUUUGUGCAGUAGCGCCAGUGCGUGCAGCGCAAAAUGGAACGCGACGGACGAGCUGCAACUGACGCUUCCCAGUGUGGACAGCAUCAUUGAUUAGAAUGGGGUUCUGUUGCUUUUGACGUGACGCGAGCGUCCGGUGCAGACAGGGUGUAACACUUGGAAACAAUCUUAUGAACUUCUUAUAAUUUAUCCUUCGAAAUUUCUGAUUUUACUUUUUUUUUUUUCUUAAAAACUUUUUCAUACAUCAGGCCCCAGACUCUUGCAUGUAUCUAUCACAUUUAAAGGGUUCUAUUUAAUCUGUUUAGUCUUUAGCAUUUCUUAGCUGUAGAUGCCAUGUUGAAUAAGUUUUUAUUGUUUGAUUUUUUUUAUUGCAGGAUUUUCUUCUUAGGGCAAAAAGAAUGAAAAACCAAUGGCAUGAGAUGUGCAAUUUUUCAAAAACACUUAAUUAACAAUGUAAUUGUAUUGUCUUAUUAUACUCUUUCAAUCUGCACACCAAAUUAAUUACAAUAUUUCCUUUUUUUAAGUAGCAUAAUUUCAUAACUUCCAUAAGUAGUUUUCUGAGAGUUACUAUAUGACGAUAAUUAAUUGUAUUCACUAGUUAAUAUGUGUACACAAGUAUUUUAUGACUCCAAAUGAAUGCUCUGCAGCACUGUGAUGUAAUCAUUAAAAGCUCAAAGGCUUGUCAGC